AAAACAUCUAGACCACAUGUUCCUCAUCUCGGGUCCAUUUGUGAGUGAAGGUGUGCUUGAGUUUCAGGUUAUGUUAGGUUUUGAAGACUUAUUUUACAGAAUAUAAAACUUUAUAGUUUAAAAAAAACAGUUCAUCUUUAAUUAUCUGAUAACAUGGCUGUUAAAAUACGGUAUGGGAGAUGAUGAAGCAUAUGAAUGUAAUCACUUGUGCUUCAGUCCUAACAAAGAUGAACUUAGAUUUAUCCCAGAUUGUGAUCUUAUAAGCUCUGAAGACACAGACAGUAAAAACGAUACCUGCAUUAGAAAACCUCGAAAAUUAAACCAGUUACACCCAAGAGCAAAUACAGUGUUCAAACUGUUGAAUUCAGUAAGAACACAGUUUGAAAAUACUUGGGAAGAAGCCACAUUUAGAGAUGAUAAUGUCUCUGUGAUACCAAGUUCUGAUUUGGUAAAUAGCAUGGAUUCUUAUAUUGAUCCAAAGAACAAGAUGGUUCAGAGUAACAGAAAACGCAAGCGAGGAGAUGCUGCUUCAGAUGAGGAACUGAGUGACCGACAGGAGAAACGUGUAAAGAGACACUCCGAUGAUUGGAAAUAUAAACAAGUGAAUCGUCAAGAACAAGCUCACGCUAUGUCUGCAAGUGAUAGUGAGAACUCUGAUGAACAUGUUUCAGACAAGAACCAGAGUUCAGAACGACUAAAUGGGUAUAAUACACAUUCCAAAAAUACAAAUGUUUGCAAUGGUCACUUUUUAAACAAUGAAGAUAACAGUUUAAGUGAGCAAGAGGUUUAUUUAGAUAUGAAACAUUCCAAUGUUUCAAAUAAUACUAAUGAAGAUGCCAAUGUGAAUGACCAAAAUGAUUCUGAGGAAGAAAUUGAGAAUAGUGAAGAUAGUGAUAGUAACAAUAGGUUUAUAGAACCUAGUCCAUCUGAAAAGCGAAGUAGUAUAGUUGGAAUAAAAUCAAAUUCAAAGUCUGCAUUAGAAAACCAAAAUAUAAAUGCAGUUCAUGAGAACUUAUAUCGAACUCCAAAAAUUACCGAAGAAGAUGAAGAGGAAAUUUUACAGUUUUCUUCUUUGUUGAGUGAAUCUCUACUAGAGAAAAACAAUGUUUGGAUUCUCCAAUGUCCUGCACAAAUGGACUGCAGCGGUUUGGAGAACCAACGCCUGAACCUAAAUGGCAGUUGUCAGCUGGUUGUGGGAGACUCUGUGUUUGAGGCUUACAGCUACAGAAACAAACAUGAUAGGUUGGCAACCCUGGCUGUACCUAGCGAGAGCAACAAUUUCCAACUGCGUCAAGUUCCCAUCACUGGAAAUAUAAUAGUAGAGGAGGCAAUUCAGUUCAAUAGCAAAGCCAAGUUCAACAUCCCUGAUCCACCUUCGUGUGUGGAACUGCCUGAAAACCUGAGAACGAGACACCCGCUACUUGGAUUAGACUAUGAGAAGCAGCCAAGAACUGCACCCAGACUUAGUAGUUCCCCGAAGAAGAAGAAGAAGAAACGGCAUGAAAGGAAAGACAUAUGUGAUGUGCAGGAAUAUCCUGAAGAAACCAAAAUCAAGAAGAAGAAGAAAAAGAAACGGCACAGUGAUGAUUCUAAUUAAGUUUAUGAAUGAUCUAUGUGUUUUAUAUAUUUGACAAUUUUAUUUUAAUUUUUUAACGAUCAUUUUAUUACAAACAACAUUCUUUUAAUUGGAUAACUAGCAUAUGGAAUUUUAUCUCCACAUUAUUUAGAUCUUACCAGCUACGCUAUAAUUUAAUGGUUAGAAAAUACCAUCAAAGUUUGUAUAGCUCUUGAGGCUAUAUAACAAUGUUAUGUAAUACGUUCACUGCCAUAGUUAACAUUUACACAUGACCAAAAGAGUAUGGAAGUGUA